ACAUACCGACCUACACUGACAUACCGAUUUCUGCAGAAAGCAUAGUUGUUAAUUCAACUGCACCGAGAAAGCUGGUGGAUAAAGGAGGUUAUCACCUCUACGCAGGGCCUGGGAGGAAGCCAAGGCUUUUGGAACAGCUGCAGGAGUUUGUGAAGAGAGAGCUGCACCCCAUUCACCCAGAGGAUCCGCACUCUCAGGAGCUUAAACUCCAGGUCUAUCGAAAUGCCUUCGGUCGUUUCAUUGAGGAGUUCAGAAACUACCAACCGCUGCUUGGUGCCAUUCAAAAAGAAUAUGAAAAUUCUUUAGCGGAUCUGCAAAAUCAGAUCAGGGAGCUGAAGCCGCUCCAGACGCGGGUAUUGCUCGUGACGGAGGAGUGCAACCGAAAGGUUCUGGCCCGCUGGGAGGACGGGCAAGCCCAGGUGAGAGCCCUGGAGGAAGACAAACGACAGCUUCUGAAGGACAUGGAAGACAUGAGGGAGCAGGAGGAGAGACAGAACGCAGUGGUGUCCCGCCUGCAGUGUGACCUGGCCUGUCAGUACCGGCAGUACAGGGAGGAGAGAGACUCACGCAGCCUGCUGCUCCUCAAGUACAGCCUGUGCCGAUGCGCCGCAGAGCCGGACGAGGAGGCCUACGACAUACCCGCGUACGAUGAGGAUAAGGACCCGGUGAAGCUCAAGAUUGCGUUGAAGGUGUGUCGAAAGGACCUGAGCGACACAGAGGGGGAGCUCAACAAGAUAAAGUCAGAGUACUGGGGGGUGGUGCCUCGUCAGGACUGGGACGCACUGGAGGAUGCACACAAACGCACCCUGCUGCAGUUGCAGGAGCUACAGAGGGACUUUGACCAGUUGAAGAGUGAACAUGACACCCUGAAAGAGGUGCACAAGAGAGAGGCCGUACAGCCGGGUGUGAACCCAGAAGAUGACCUCAAGAAUAACGACAAGGAGGGAGAUGGUGGUGAAGAAGGAGAUGUCUUGGAGCCUGUGCGGACUCCAUCAUCAGGGGAUAGGCAGGUGUACAUCAACCAGCUCCGGGAACUGCUUGACGGGAAGGGGCCGGUGUCGGUCGCAGACAUGCGCGCUGCCCUUACGUCGUUAGACCCAGCUCUAGAGUCUGCUGCUUUGGACCACACCCUAGGCCUGGCAUUCCAGGUGGACGCGACGGACCUGGAUCAGGACGCCCUACAGCUGGACACAGAGACCCUCCUGCAGCGCCUGGACGUCUCCCCCAGGACCAGUCCUGCGCCUCAGCAAGACUGACGGCGUAUAUGUUUUGGACUGCCGUAAAGCUUCGGCAGAAACUAGACUCAUUGUAGGAUUUCUUUUAAUUGUAUGCAUGAACCUGCAAUGCAAAGGCUGCUAUGUUAAGUACUUAGAAUGUGAAUUUAUUAUGUGAUGUUUUCCACUUUGAUUGUAUUGGCUUCAGGAUGUACACACUGAGACGAGUUGAACUUUAGUGGAUAACAUCUAUUGGAGGGAAGGGAACUGUUUAAACUCAUGGUGAAAUAGGCCUUUUUGGGGUUGGAUUAUUUGUUUGUCCGUGUGUUGUCUGUGUUGUCUACCGAAAAUCCCCUAAUGAUACAAGGAGUUGGAGUUUUUGUUGGUUUUCAUUGAUCAGAGAGAUGUUGCCAAAUGUAUACACGGCUUGGUUAGCGUACGUAUUGUGCCAUACAUGACCAAGGAAUGCAAACCAGUAACCCUAGUGGUGGAUAAAGGAGGCCAAGAAUCCCCCCCCAGCUUCAGUCAAGUAGCUAUUUCCCAAUGUUUCAUACUAAUGGUUUGGUUCCAAAUACUGACCAAUAGCUGUAGGCCUACAAUGUACAAACAACAUGUUGAUUGUACCACUUCAAUUAAAAACACU